AUGGCAGACCCAACCGACGUCGAAAUGACGCAACCAUCUGAAGUCGAGCCGAAAGAUUCGGAUUGGGUGCGGCUAGAGACCACUGAUGGCUUCACGUACCUCGUCAAGCGCAAAGUCGCGCUGGCCAGUGGUACAAUGAGGAAUAUGCUCGAUCCAACAAGUGAAGUGUCCAUUUGGGCUUGA